AGAUCCUUUUUUCUUUAUCUUUUUCAUCAAAUCCUUUUAUUAUUAAACAAUGGCUUCCCGUACACUUUUCUCUAAAACUUGCUUUAAAUCCUCUCUGGUAAAGGCAGCAACAAAAAAGAACAUAUUAAAUAAUAGAACAACCAUCUUUCCUGCUUCUCAAGCCUCUCGUCAAGCCACCACCACUUCCAUCUCGGAUACCUCCACUACCCAAGGCAGAGUUCCUUCCUUUCAAUUCUUGGAAUAUUCCCCUAAAAAUGUCCAUCUGGUAAAAUUCACCUCGGUCGAAGGUAAAAGACUUUUCCGUAAUGCCAUGGUGCAAGGUCAUGCCGAGAGUUUCUUUAAACUCAUGGGCAACUUUUCCACUCAAUCUUCACCAUCUCACGGUGGUGUUAGUUCCUUGGCCAUGGUUUUAAAUGCGCUGGAAAUCGAUCCUAAAAGAACCUGGAAGGGUAACUGGCGCUGGUUCUCCACUGAGCAAAUGAAAACCUGCUCACCAGCGGAGUCUGUACAAGAACGAGGCAUCCCAUUUGAUGAAUUUACUUGCUUAGCACAAACACACUGUAAAGUGCAUGCUUAUCGAGGACAAAGCUACCAACAAUUCUUGCAAGAUCUAGAGAAGGUUACCUCAGAUACAUUAAGUCAAAUGGUAGUCAACUAUUCCAGAACAAGCCUAGGUCAACAUGAUCAUUUAGCACACUUCAGUCCUAUUGGUGGUUAUAACAAGACUGAGAACCAAGUUCUGAUUAUGGACGUGGCCCGUGGUAAAUAUCCCAGUGUCUGGGUUCAUACUGAAGAUCUGUAUAAUGCCAUGAUGGCUAGCAGUAAAGAAGAAACAGGUCGUCCUCGUGGCUAUUUCAUCUUAUCCAAUCAUCACGAACAACCUGUCUCCUCCCGUUUGGAUUUAUCUUCUUCCAAGUUAAAGUGUAAAGAUUGUUCUCGCAACUGCCAUUCUACCACAUCUGCUUAAAAUAACAUCACUUCAUCAAUCAUUAUUUAAUUAUUAUUUUCUAUAUAUCCCCCACCCCUGCAUCUUGUAUUAUAUUGUGUACAUCAAUAAAAAAAAAACCUCAAACCUUUCAGAGUUAAGGUUAAAACCCCUUUCCGAUCUUACUAAUACCAU